UGACUUCUUUUGCCUUGGGACUUGCCUCAGGUUGCAGUGCCCCCGAGGUCACCUCUCUGCUCUGUGCCGUGAUCAUGUCUCGCCAGUCUUGCGGUCUGAACUUGGCUGGUGGUAGCAGAGGUUUCAGCUCCAGCUCCAUUUGCCUGGGGGGUGGGAACAAAGUCAGCUUCAGUGCCGCGUCCCGUGGAGGAUGUGGAGGGUCUGUCCGGAACCCCAUCGGCUUUGGCAGCAGGAGCCUCUAUAACUUGGGUGGAUGUAAAAGGAUUUCCAUUGGUGGAUUUGGUGGAAACAGUGGCGCUUGUGGAGCCUUCGGGGCUGGUGGCCGAGGAGGUGGUGGGUUCGGCUAUGGUGGGCUUGGUGGUGGCUUUGGUGGCGGGUCUGGGGGUGGUUCUGGUGGUGGCUUUGGUGAUGGGGCUGGAGGUAUGUUCAACGGCUGGGGUGGCCCCAGCUUUCCUGUUUGCCCACCUGGUGGCAUUCAAGAAGUGACCGUCAACCAGAACCUCUUGAUACCGCUCAAGCUGGAGAUUGACCCGGAGAUCCAGAAAGUGCGGUCCCAGGAGAGGGAGCAGAUGAAGACCCUCAAUGACAAAUUCGCCUCCUUCAUCGACAAGGUCCGAUUCCUAGAACAGCAGAAUAAAGUGCUGGAGACCAAGUGGAAGCUUUUGCAGGAACAGGGGCAGGGAACGGGGCCCCAUAGCAGGAGCCUUGACCAACUCUAUGAGGUUUAUAUCAAUAGCCUGAGAAAACAGCUUGAUGGUCUGGCCAGUGAGAAGAGUCAACUGCAGCUAGAGUUGAAAAACUGUGAAGAUUUGGUGGAAGAUUUCAAGACCAAGUACGACGAGGAGAUUAACAAAAGAACAGCUGCAGAGAAUGACUUUGUGCUUCUGAAAAAGGAUGUGGAUGCUGCCUAUAUGAACAAGGUGGAGCUGCAGGCAAAAUUAGAUUCCCUGGCAGAUGAACUCAACUUCCUGAGAUGUGUCUAUGAUGCCGAACUCUCACAGAUGCAGCAGACGGUUUCCGACACAUCCGUGGUCCUGUCGAUGGACAACAACAGGAACCUGGACCUGGACAGCAUCAUUGCUGAGGUGAAAGCUCAGUAUGAAGAGAUCGCUCAGAAGAGCCGAGCUGAAGCAGAGUCCUGGUACCAGUGCAAGUAUCAAGAGCUGCAAGUCACAGCGGGGAAGCAUGGAGACAGCCUAAAGGACACCAAGGCUGAAAUCUCAGAGUUGAACCGGAUGAUUCAGAGGCUACGGGCGGAAAUUGAAAAUGUGAAGAAGCAGUGUGAAAAUCUGCAGACUUCUGUCGCGGAUGCUGAGCAGCGCGGGGAGCUGGCCCUCAAGGAUGCGAGGGUAAAACUGUCCGAGCUGGAGGCCGCCCUGCAGAAGGCCAAGACUGAGCUGACCCGCCAGCUGCGGGACUACCAGGAGCUAAUGAACGUCAAGCUGGCGCUGGACAUCGAGAUCGCCACCUACCGCAAGCUGCUGGAGGGCGAGGAAUGCAGGAUGUCUGGAGACUGCCAAAGUGCUGUGAGCAUCUCCGUGAUGGGCAGCAACAGUACCUCUGGAGGUGGAUUUGGACACGGGAUUUGCUUUGGAGGAGGCAGCGGUGGCGGAGGCUUUGGAAUGGGUUUCGGUUCUGGAAGCGGCAGAGGGAUCUGCAAUUUGGGUGGGGGUGGGGCAGCCUUUGGGGGGGGACUGUGCUCGGUAGGAGGCGGGUAUGGGUCUGGGGGGGGAUCUAGCACGAUCCUGAAAAAAACUACCGUGUCCACAUCAGCGAGCAAGAAUAUUUAGGCCAUGGAGCCGUGCAUGAGUAUCCGGUAGCCCCAGGUCAGCCAACAACCCAACCCUGAUGUGCAAAGGAGAAACCAACUCUGUUCCUCAAAGUUCAAUUCCUGGCUAGCUAUUUCCUCCCAGAAACACAGCACGGAUGGUGGCAGCUUCCUCAACACACUGUCAGAACCGACUCUUGAUUUCAAGUGCUGCUCAUCUGGACGCAGCCAGAAGGUCCUGAUUUUCAGAAGGACUAUCUGAAAACCAGGCCCUUGCCCUGUGUCUCUGGGGAAGCACUCAACCUUGCAGCAUCCAAAAUCACUUUUACAUGCUUUUGGAAGCUUUCUCCAGGGAGAUGAAAUGCACCUGUGUGUUGCAACUCCUUGACUUCAAGGGGCUUACGCUAGAAGUCCAUCUGGGGCCAAUUAGUGAUAUUUGAUUCACAGCGGGGGCAAUAUCUAGGGGAAAAAAGUCUAGAGUGGGGCUUGAACUCAUGCUUUUGAGUUGCAGCAACACACCUUAGCUGCUCUUCUGCCACACCCUAACAUUAUGUUCUGUAAAGUAAAUUAAAUGGAUUGACGAUUUAAACAUCUGGGGCUGGAUCCUGAGCUGGUAUAAAUCCAUUUAGCUUCAUUGUGGCCAAUGGCUGACACCAGCUGAGGAGGCUCCAGUCCCUUUGAAUACCAAUUUCUGAGCGACAGCUAUUCCCAGCAGAUGAGGCUUUCUACCUGAUGCAAUGUUUUUUCUGUAAUGAGCUAAUUUCAGUUCACCAACAUAUAAGCAAUUGUAAAAUAUUUGCAGGCAAUUCUAGGUGUAGUUUCUCACUGGAGUGGUGGAACAACUUCUCCUUGGCUAUUUGAGUUUCUUUUCUUUGGUGUAUGACAAAUCUCAUUAAAAACUUUUCAGAAAGGAA